GCACAAGCUUCAAUCUGCUCUCCAAAACCAUAAAAAGCUUGGGAUCUAAUGCUGCUUUUAAAAGGAGUGUGAGAGAGAGAGUUCAAAUGUUCAUGGAGAAAGGAACACUUUCAACUCUGCAAAUAGCAGCAACUUAGGGUUUUUAAUUCAUCUCUCGAAACUUCGAUCCCUCCCUCUCAACCUUGCUUCUUCCUUCCUUUCUUUCCUUCAGGCCACUGUACUUAAUUUUUACUGCCAUUGCUGAGUUUCCAAGUUUUAACCAGAGCUAGCUAUUACAGCACUUUGUAUAUAAAAACCAUAAAAGAAAUAGAACCCUAAAACGACGUCUCCGAGUAAGGAAGAGUACUACUACUACUACCUAAAGAAGAUGCUGGAGUACGAAUGGGGGAACCCGUCAUCGAUCAUGCUCGAAGGGGACGAAACGACGUCGACCCAAGAAACUGAUCCGAACCGUCAGAUUUUCGAUCAUUACAAUCAACAAUCCUUCCACAACGAACCCAUGAUCCCUCAUCCUCCAACAAACUUGUUCCACCAACAAUCGCAUCACAGCAAUAACCUCAACGGUUUCUACGACCCACGAGCAUUUUCUAGCGCGUCGGCCUUCGCAGUCCCUCAUUCCUCGCUCCUGGACUCUGUGCCCGUUUCGGGUGGAGGAGGCGGGUUCUUUGUGGUUCCGAAAAGCGAGGAGGUUUCCCCUCUGGCGGACUUCACGGCGAGGAUUGGGCUCAAUUUGGGCGGAAGGACUUACUUCUCGUCUGCAGAGGAUGAUUUCGUGAACCGGCUGUACCGGCGAUCCAGGCCGUCAGAAUCGGGAACGACAAAUUCGCCGAGAUGUCAGGCUGAAGGGUGCAAUGCCGAUCUAACCCACGCAAAGCACUACCAUCGGAGACACAAGGUCUGCGAGUACCACUCAAAGGCUGCUACUGUUAUCGCGGCAGGGUUGACUCAGCGAUUCUGCCAGCAGUGUAGCAGAUUCCACCUUCUCUCGGAAUUCGACAACGGAAAACGCAGCUGCAGGAGGAGACUGGCUGAUCACAAUCGCCGUCGCCGGAAAUCCCAUCAAUCAAACCAAGAAACCCAGAAAUCACAGCUCGAUAAUGCUCGCAGUUCCUCUGAAAAUCUCACAAAGUCUACACCGGAACUCUCCGGGGCUCAGUCAACUUCCUCGGUGACCGUGGCCGUGUCACCCCCACGAAUCUCCUUGGAUUGUUUUCCGCCAAGAUGUUAUCAAGCAAAUGGCUCAUCAACAUCGAAUCCACUGUUUUUCUCAAGUGGGUGAUCAUCAUUAACUCGGUAUCAUAAAAUGCAGGAGAAAUUACUCAAUUAGGACUUGUUUAAUUUAUUUUCUUUUUCAGUAUUUCUCAAGUGUUAACUCUAAUACUUUGAAGUGAUGAUUAAGAUUCCCAGCUAUUUAUGUAGAAGUACGA